CAGGCGGGAUCGCGGCCGAAAAGUAUCGCGUACGGCGAUACGGUCGGUCAACACGUGGAUUCAUAGCAGCUACGAGAUCGCGACGUCGCGGGGCAAGGCAAGAGGGGGGGAGGCCUGCCUUUUGGAAAUUGCGUCUUUCCGCCCGCGAGAGACGAGCUUGUCCACGGGGCGCAGUGCCGUAGGCGACGAACGACGGCACCUGGAACUAACCGGGGGUGGCAUGCAUCGUGUUACGCUGGCUCGUUUUCUUGCAUCGUUUGCGAAAUCAAAGUUUUCUUUCUCUCUCUCUCUCUCUCUUUUUCUCUUUCGUCGAACGAUAAUGAGAAGAUUCGCGCGAUGGCGUGCCGUCUCGAGCGACGACGCGCACGAGCGAGCGAGAAAGCGAACGCCGGCGUUUGCGAAUCUCGCAUCAUAAUCUAUGUUUCCGCGAUUAGGUUUUCCCUUUCAUUCGGCUCACUGCCGUAUGUAUGAGAACGCCACGUAGGUAGGUAUUGUAUAACAUCGCCCUCCCCGUGAGAUAACGCGUCGAUUGUCCGAUUGCAAAUCGAAACGCGCGCUUCGUUUCACGAACAGUCAACGAUUAUCACGCUCACGUGACACGCGGUUUCCCUGCGCUUUAUCGCGACCGAUAUCGCGGUCAUCUGUCUUCAGACUCGCGUAAAUCGCGUGUGUCGGCUCUAAUCGCGGGACCGAGCUCAUUUCCCGCCACAAACACUGCAGAAGCGGAACGGAAGUUGGCGAAAAUUUAAUCCGCGAUAAUUAAUCGCGACACUUCUACUCCCACGUGUUUACUCGCGACGUUUCAUCCGAUAAUCAUAACCGAGAAGAAUACGGAGAAAAUCAUAAGACCCGGCGUCGUACUUGAUAUGUAACUUGCAGACGCGUGGCAGCUCUCGCUACGGCCCUGACGGCUCUCGCGCUGUCAGAGUGCGACAGUGCGCCGGACGCUCGCUUGACUAAGGGAGUGCCCGUGCCGAUGCAAAGUGUAAGUGAAGUGGCCUACAGACCUACAUUUGUCUAACGUUCCAUUUUUUCACGGGCCGACGGACAGGAGGUUAAUAGAUACGCGCGCGAACUCCUCCAUUUUUCCCUAAGCGUGGCGUGUGCGUGCGCGGUACAAUGCCGUCGUCCCGUGAUACACCGACAUACGACGGCUGACGACGGAUUGUAGAUAGAUAGAGAGAAAGAGAGACGAAGAAAGCCGCCGGAGCGAGGGAGUGAGCUAGCGAGCGAGCUAACCGAGGCGGCGGUGCAGUUUCGAUACGCUGUCGGACACGGCGCGCGCGGGGCGCGUAACAGUGAAAAGAGACGGUAGGAGAGAGAGAGAGAGUGAGAGAGGGACGAUACGUCGCGAGCGUGCGCGAGUGCGACAAAGAGAAGAGCCCCCGUGGGCAAAAGCGUGAGAGGGAAAGUGUGAGUGAGACAUUGAGCGAGAGAGAAAAGAAAGAGAGAGAGAGAGAGAGAGAGAGAGAGAGAGAAAGAAAGAAGCGUGGAAAAAGACGGGAACGAAGCGCGCGCUACCGCGGGACGGCAUCGCGAGGAAAGAGAGAGAGAGAAAGUGCGAAAGAACGAUCGAGAGAAAGAGAGAGAGAGAGAGAGUGAGAGAAAGAAGGUGGAAGAAAGAUCGAAAGGGAGCACGUAAAAGAGUGUAGGUGUUCUUUCGAGGAUAAGUGAGUACGCUCACGGGGACGACGUGGAGGAGAGGAGGAGGGACUCCUUGCCUGUCUGUCUGUCUGUCUGUCUGUCUGCUGGCAUAUACGGGGACCGAAUGGAUACGAGGACAGGGGAGAGCGGGGGUGAGCCCGCUGCGACGAUCCUCGACAAUAAUACCGGCAUCGCUACGACGACGGGCCCUCUCGCGGAAUCAUCCACGUCGUCGUCGUCGUCGUCGUCGUCGCCGUCGGCGUCGUCCUCCUCCCCCACCGUGGCGCCGACGGUGAUCUUGACGGAGAGUAUCGCUACGAAUGCCGGUAAUCUGUCCUUGACGGGAUCAUCCCAGAGCCUGCAUCAGGUACAUCAGCAGCAACAAACACGACAACGAGUCAAUCUCAUCGCCGACGUAGCCGCCAAUGAUGUCGCAGCGCAUUACUAUGCUUUCUCGGAUGCUGCCAAAAAUGACGGUUUUCGUAAAUUUCUUUUUGACGGAUAUCACGCGGCCACGAACUUUCCGAGGUCACCCCCUGCGAAUUCUCUAGGUCGAAUUUAUAGCGUAAACGCGCGCUUCUUAAUCUCGCAACUUGGUGCACCCGACGCGAUGACAAUGUCGAUGACAACACGCUUGCGAUACUCGGCGCUCAUCAAUGUAUGCGUGUAUAUACAUAUAUGUGUGUGUAGAUACGCGCGGUAUUACGGCAGGAACGUGUUCGCGCUCGAUCACUUGUACUAGAAAGAGCGCGAGAGUCAGCGAGUGAAUAAAUGAGUCGGAGGAGCGGAUGGACGGUAGAGGAAAGAUAGGGGCAGGGGGGAAGUGAAAAAGCAUGCGAGGAAGAGAGAAAGUGAGAGUGAGCGAGCGAGGGU